CAAUGGGGCGCGGCCGGGCCGCGGGCGGCGCUUUAUCAGCUGCCAGGGCCGGCGGCGGCGGCGGUCGCGGCCGCCCGUCCCUCCCUCUCUCCUCCGCGCCCCGCCGUCCCCGCCGCGCAGCAUGGCCGGGCUGGGCGGCGGCCCCGCCGCCUUCGGGCGCUGCACGCACGCCGUGGUGCGGGCGCUGCCCGAGUCGCUGUGCCGGCAGGCGCUGCGCCGCGCCCCGGGCCCCGAGGUUGACUUCGCCCGCGCGGAGCGGGAGCAUCAGCUGUACGUGGGCGUGCUGCGGGGCAAGCUGGGGCUGCAGGUGCUGGAGCUGCCGGCCGACGAGAGCCUCCCAGACUGCGCCUUCGUGGAGGACGCGGCCGUGGUCUGCGAGGAGACGGCGCUCGUCACCCGCCCGGGCGCGCCCAGCCGCAGGAAGGAGGUUGAAGCCAUGAAGAGAGUACUAGAAAGUCUCAACCUCAAUAUAGUAGAAAUGAUAGAUGAAAACGCAACCUUAGAUGGUGGAGACGUCUUAUUUACAGGCAGAGAAUUUUUUGUGGGUCUUUCCAGGCGGACAAAUCAACGUGGUGCAGAAAUUCUGGCUGACACAUUUAAGGAUUAUGCUGUCUCCACAGUCCCUGUUCAUGAUGCUUUGCAUCUGAAGAGCUUUUGCAGCAUGGCUGGACCAAACUUGAUUGCUAUUGGAUCAAGUGAAGCUGCACAGAAAGCCCUCAAGACCAUGCAACAGAUGAGCGACCACCGCUAUGACAAGCUGACGGUGCCCGACGACGCUGCAGCAAACUGCAUUUACUUAAACAUUCCCAGCAAAGGCCAUGUCCUGCUGCACCGAGCCCCUGAGGAGUACCCGGAGAGCGCAAAGGUAUUUGAAAAACUGAAGGACCACAUGCUGAUCCCAAUAGCCAACACAGAACUGGAUAAAGUAGAUGGGUCACUCACCUGUUGCUCUGUGCUUAUUAACAAAACUUCAGAAUUAUGAGUUUACAGAGUCCCUCCCUUGUAACUGGCAAUAAUGUUACACACAAGGUAGACGAAUCUGUAUCCACACUUUUAUUGUUUUUAUUGACAAUCUACUGUACCACUGUGCUACUAACCCUUGUUUACAAAUUUUUUGCUUUGUGUAUUUUUAUGUCCUUGCAGAUAGUAUUUAAGGUGGAUAUACGGUUCGUUGGGGGGCACAUAACUUGAAGUAUGCUAGUCCCAUGGGCUAGCGGAAGACAAUUAUAAUGGCUAACCCCUAGUAUUAGUGGUUUAACAUAUCUAUGUGAAAACUGUGUGAAAACCAACUAAUUCUCAACAUUUCAAGCACCUCUGUUGUCUUGACACUGUUCCCUUCUCCUAUCUUUUUUCUCUUGCUUCCUUGCUCUGCAUCUUUUUCUCCUUCCUCGGUCCUUUUUCAGUGAUGCAAGGUGUCAGGGGGGACUGAAGAAAACUCAGUGGGCUCAUGAACUUGGUAUCUUGUGUGGUAGGGAAGUUUUCCGUACACUAGCUGGAACAGUGGGCAAUGGACUGUGCUCACUGUCUCUGCCAUAUCACAUUGCUGCUGCUGGGCAGAGUUGUGGCUGGAAUCGAUUUCAGAUGCCAGGUAGCAACUUUGGAAAAAGCUUACUCCGACAGGAGCAUUCAAGGGCAAUGUCUGCCUGGGAAACUUGAAUGAUAGAAAAAGAGGGAACAAUGCAGCCACACAAGAUACAUCCUGCAAGUUCAGGUCCCAGUUUGCUGCUAAUGCUGUGACUUUCAAUUUGGUGAGAAUGGAAGAGGAGUUUUUAAAAAGGCCAGAUCCCAGGGAGCACCCGGACCACAAAAAUGAAAGACUGAGAUGCUUUUGGAAAAGUUAAACCUACGAAUGUAAUCUAAAAUAUAGGGGGGGGGUUAAUUCUCUUGAUUUACUUUUUAAAUUUAUUUCUGUCUCUCCUUUCUGUUUUCUCCUCUUUUGGAGGCCACUUACUAGCAAAAUUCAAAAGGAAAAGGUGAUAGAAGGAGUUGAAGGACAGCUAUUCCUGGAUUAUGCUCAUGAAUAAGGGAAGCUAUUUUUUCCUGAAAGAUUGGCCUUUGUACUUUAUCUGCCUUUGGGGCAGUUUUCCUUGGAACAAUAACAAUCUUAUUUUUUUUUAAUUGCAUGAAUAUUUACUGUGGUAUUCAGUUAAAACAAAUACAAUUUUUGUAGCAAAUUCCACAACAUGUUUACCCACUGAGUCAUACUUUUUUUUACCACAGUAAAGUGAAGCAUACCCCAUUGUAUUCACAUGCUUCUUGUUAAAUCACUUGUAAACUAAGGAUAGAGAAAUUCCCAAACAGGGGCAGUAGUGGGAACUCUCCAGAGACUGACAAAUAGUCUGAACAUGUUAUCAACUUCCUAGACAUCUCCUCCGCCUUUCCUGAACCACUUGUGGCGUGUUGCUAAGGUACAGUAGGAAGCGAGCAGGGGGGGCACAGGCAAUGUGGCUUGCAGGAAGGCAAACAGUAUUAAUCAAGCACACACUUGGAUAUUCUUUGGAAACCUGUGUGCUUUUUUGUGCAGUCAUAACGGAGGAAACACAAGUACUCGUAUCCAUAGGUACUCCUCAACGUAUCUCUCACUUCAUCUCAGUGGCUAAGGAGGAGGAAACCUCCUGGAAGCUACCAGAAUACAUCUGAUGCAUUGUAGGCACUCUGUAUGUUGUGAUGACACGAGGUAUCAUGAGGGAGAGAACAAUGACGAGCAAAUGUAACGUAUGUAAAAAGAGAGCAUGUCCCAAAGGAAGUCUUUAGCCAGCCAAACAGCAAGUGCUGUUUUUAUGGCUGUGUGCUGUCCCAAAGGGUUCUCCUAAUGUUUCCCCUUUGUCUCCUCCAUUCCCAUGCGCCAUCAUUUAAGCCUGACCCAGAUGAUCAGGCUCCAAGGAUGUAAACAUUGCAGUGGGGAAUCUAUUUUUCUACCUUCCCUUGGUGCUUUUAAAAUAUCUGAUAAAGCAUCUUGCAUUUUAAAAUGAUUUGACAUUAAGCAAAGAUUUUGUGCCAAAAAGUGACACUGCAGUAUUUAACUGUGACCUUCUAGAGGCAAGCUGUACUCUGCUAAAAACCUAUGCAGCUGUGGGAGCUGUUGUACAAAGCUGGAAUAGAAUCCCCCCAACCUGUCCAUGCACCUCCUGGGGCCUGGCCCUGAUCCAUGUCCUUCAGUCCCUCUUCCCUCCUCUCGUUAGGGAGCCAGAGCAUCCAACUACACUGGAACAGUGUUAGGCUAUGGCAUUUCUACUCAAUUUAUCUCUCAAACUUUGUUGGUUGUUUUUUUUUUUUUCUUCCAUCCCCUCCCACCUUUCACCUGUCUCGCUCUUU